AUGAGAAGUUUAGUAGUGGACGAGAAAGGAUGCGAUGCUUCGGUUUUGAUUGACGCCCCUUCUUCCGAGAGGACGGCAUUGCCCAAUCUCGGGCUGAGAGGAUUCGCCGUGAUCGAUGAUGCCAAAGCCGAACUUGAGAAGGCAUGUCCCAACACCGUUUCAUGUGCCGAUAUAUUGGCCUUGGCUGCCUGCGGCGGGUCGAGUUGGGAUGUGCCGUUGGGAAGGAGGGACGGACGGAUUUCAUCUGCAUCGGAGGUCUUCGCGUUGCCUAGCCCGGCGGAUUCGGUGGCCGUACAAAGGCGGAAGUUUGCAGCCAAGGGACUCGAUCAUUUCGAUCUUGUCACACUCGUUGGUGCACACACCAUAGGCAAGACAGCCUGCCAAUUCUUCCGCUACCGUCUCUACAACUUCACAAGCGGCACCGGCCCCGAUCCGACCAUAAACGAGACAAUGCUAGAGCAACUAAAGAGCGUGUGUCCGGAGAACAGCGACGGAAGGGAAAGGGUCGGUUUGGACAGCGGCGCGGAGCUCGAAUUCGACGCGAGCUUUUAUCACAAUGUUAGAGAGGGAAAAGACGUUUUGGAGUCGGACCAGCGGCUGUGGGAGGACCGGGCGACGCAUACAAUGGUGAACAUGUACGCGAGGGAUGCGACUGGAUCGCACAAGUUUCGUAAAAAUUUUGAGGAGGCUAUUGUAAGAAUGGGAAGCAUUGAGGUUAAGACAGGGGUGCAAGGGGAGAUUAGAAGGAUUUGCUCCAAGAUUAAUUAUUGAGUUAAUUAUGAUUGAUUAAUGAAGUUAAUUAUGUUGUCGAAUUGAACACGAUCGUAGUAUGUCGAUCGAAUGAAGUGUAAGAUAAUUAGUGAGGUUGA